GCUUUAAUUCUCCUCUCCACACCCCCCUCCUUCCACUCCCAUGUCAGCCAGUGGUGAGAAUUCAAUCCAUAGGGCUUCACCAGCUCACACAGGGGGAGGCAGCAGUCACACUGAGCGACAAGACGCUUCCCAGUAUCCUCUGAAAGUUGCAGCUGCCUGGGAGCCAGUGAAUCGCACUUCUGUCUGUGCCUUCCCCUGCGCCUUUAAUACAGAACUGUUGGAUUCUUUCAAGCCACCAGGGAGGAUUUGCUGCGACUGUCGCUGGAGAAAGGGAGGGAGAUGUGCAGACCAAGCAACCACUUUCUUUUUCCCCACAAGCUGCCUGAGAGGCGGAGCUGAUUCCUCCUGCGAAGUGUAGGUGAGAAAGAGAGAGCGACAAGACGCGCUUUGGAGCUGCUGAAAGCGCAAAGGGAGCUGGAGACGCCAGUGAGUGCGCAAACGGCGCCGGAGCGCAGCGAUCUCUGCGUUGUCCCGGAGGGGUCGCCAGGUAAAGCGGUGCAGGAGGGCAGCAAGCUCCGGGCACAAGGAUGCUGGUAGGAAAUGCCUGGAGACAGAGAGCAGGAGCUGUGUCUGAAAGCGGUGCAGCUGCUGGCGGAUCUGUGCUAUAGUGGCAUCGUGGAGGACGACAGCUGCUUGGAUUUCAUCUACUACUUAAGGGACCGCGCCCGACCUCGCCCCUCCGACUCAGAUGUCUCAGUCAGCUUGCUGUCUCUACUAGUCACUGCUUGUGGGCUUGCCCUCUUCGGGGUCUCCCUGUUUGUGUCUUGGAAACUCUGCUGGAUUCCGUGGCGUGAGCAUGGAUUGAAAGGGAUUACAGAACAUGAGCACCUUAACUACACGGACAGUGACACCAAUGAGCGUGAUUACAGUGACAACUACCUAGGGCAACCCUCGCUCUUCCCAGAGUCAUCAAUGAAGAUCAGUCAUACUUCUCCUGAUAUUCAACUGGAAGCCAAGACCAGUACCAAGGAAAACUGUGUCCAUAAUGUCCGGAUACAUCGCCAAAUCACUGAGCCAACCUCUUCUGCUAGACACAAUUCCAUUAGAAGACAACUAAAUCUCUCCAACCCGGAUUUCAACAUCCAGCAGUUCCAAAAGCAAGAGCAGCUGACGGGAAUCGGGCGAAUCAAGCCGGAGCUGUACAAGCAAAAGUCGGUGGAAACGGACGAUGGCAGGAGGAACAAUAGCAAAUCUUGCGGGAAGCUCAAUUUCAUCAUUAAGUAUGAUUGUGACUUGGAAAAACUUAUAGUUAAGAUUCACAAAGCGGUCAACCUUCCAGCCAAGGACUUUUCUGGAACUUCAGAUCCUUACGUCAAGAUCUAUUUGCUUCCAGAUCGAAAAACCAAGCACCAGACAAAAGUCCAUCGAAAGACUCUCAACCCGGUGUUUGAUGAAGUUUUCCUAUUCCCGAUACCUUAUAAUGACCUGCCCACCAGGAAACUCCACUUCUCCGUCUAUGACUUCGACCGGUUUUCCAGACAUGAUGUCAUCGGCCAGAUCAUAGUGGAUAAUUUUUUAGACUUAGCCGAUUUUCCCAGGGAAAGCAAUAUCUGGAGGGAUAUUGAGCAUGUCACUAAUGAUAAUGUUGAUCUUGGUGAUUUGAUGUUUUCGCUCUGCUAUCUCCCUACUGCGGGAAGGCUCACAAUUACUAUCAUAAAGGCAAGAAACCUGAAGGCCAUGGAUAUAACAGGAGCAUCAGAUCCCUAUGUGAAGGUUUCGAUCAUGUGCGAAGGGAGAAGGGUAAAGAAAAGGAAAACAUCCACAAAGAGGAACACCCUCAAUCCAGUUUACAACGAAGCCAUAGUGUUCGAUGUCCCUCCAGAAAAUAUUGAUCAAAUCAGUUUAUUAAUAGCCGUAAUGGAUUACGACCGCGUAGGUCACAAUGAGGUUAUUGGUAUAUGUCAAGUUGGCAACGAUGCCGAGAGUUUAGGCCGGGAACAUUGGAGUGAGAUGCUGUCGUACCCACGGAAACCUAUAGCACAUUGGCAUCCUCUUACUGAGUGGUCUGCUCAGGCUGCAGCCACAGGCAACGGGUCUUGCAAUUCUUUGAAGGCUCCCCCAUCUCCAUGAUGAGAAGGCUUCUUCUGAAACGGGGGGAGACAAAGCACAUCAAGGAGUGCCAACAUCAAAGCGUUGCCCGAGCCCCUUUUUAAUGCCGGAAGGGAAGAGCCAAGACGAGACGAUAUUGUUUGUUUUCACGUUCUUUUGGGGUGUUUUUUUUAAUUUUUUACCUCUUUGCUGAUUUCUCCCUUUGACUCAUUCCUACAAGACGGGCAUGCCGGUCAUUCCAUACAUACGUCUCCUCCGCACAUUGUCGUAUUCUUCUGUAUUUACUUGCGAUUAUGGCACCUACACAUCCAACCUUAUGGUUUCUGACUCUUAAUUCCAGUCUGUUCUGUUGUAUUAAGUCCUAUCACGUCAGUGUUACUUUGACUCCUCCAAUGGUGUUUCUUGCAGUGUCAAAGACCGUCCGUUCUUGAUAAAGAAGUGCCGGGGGCAGAAAGUCUGCUCCCCUGUUGGUGAAACGCAUAACAAACAGACAGCUGGUUGCUAUGGGCAACUAGACCUGGAGCAUACUUAAAGCCUAAGGGGGUUAUUUCUUAAGGGGUUGUUCACCUUCAAACAACUAGUUGUUUUCAGAUAGAUCACCAGAAAUAAC